GCGCCAGGUCACGCUAGGGUCAAACCAAAAAGAUGGCAGCCCCCAUGUGGCUGCUCGUUUCUAGGAGUGCCGCUUCGGCGAUUGGAAACACACACAGAAGAAUAGCCACUACUGCAGCCUGUUGCAAAGUACAAGCAGGAAGAUACAAGAUAACGCUGAAACAGAACAAACCGCUUACCUAUGAGCAGGCCCAUCCACCCUUCCAGAUCGGCGUAUGCAAGUCAUGGAACUCUUGGAACACCAGUAAUCUAUGUGACGCGCCGCGCGCCAGCGACACUCUUUACGAGGACAUGUUCAUUCGUAAGUUCAUGGCCGGCACGUGGCACGGCAUCUUCGUCUCGGAGGUUAUCAUCAAGCGACGACACAACGCCGUCUAUGUGAGCGGCGUCGUGCAGCGGCGCUUGCACGCGCGCAAGCUUUACUUCCUCGUCGGCUACACGGAGGAGAUUCUCGCUCGAUUCCUCAAGUGCAUCGUGAAGGUCGAGGUGCAGAGCGUUGGCGAUCGCCGCGAUGUUGUCUUCAAGUACAUCUGAGGCGGCGCUGCGGGGUUCGUACGGGUGUAUAGACGACCUGGUGGGUCUUGGAGUUUAUCAGAUGUGGUUUGCUAGGUAUGGAGAGUCCAGGCUCUGGAAGGCCCAGGAAAUUGGGUCAUGGACUUGGAAAGACAGAGAAUUGACUGUUAUUGUGUUUGGUCUGAGAAAAUUCGUGAAAUUGGGUACACACCCGUCUUGUCUGAGAGGUAAGCAAUGGUUGCUGGCUAAGUAAUUCUGCUCACCUGGUUCGUAUUUGGCUAGAAUAUCAGUCGUGAAAAAUCUGGCUUUUAAGUCAUAAAAUAAUCCUGAAAGAUUUCCAAAAAAAGGUUUUCCUUAGGUGUAUGAACCCUGGCAGUGCACAGCGGUGGCACGCGGUGAUGGGGAGGGAAAUGAACGCAGCAGCAGCAGCAGCGGCGUCGGCCCACAGUGCAUGGUCCAUGAAGCGGAUGCUAGAGUUAUAGUAACGCGCAGCGGCGAACAGAUGAGAACUAGCGAAACUCCGCUAUAUGCAUGCGCACGUCACUCCUGUUAGGUCAGAUCUACUUUGUGACGCCACCAUCAUCGUCAUUGUCAACCACACACUAAGCAAAAUGUCAUUACGGACCGAAGCCUUAACGUAGAUGGUCUGUACUCCUGUCUUGUUGAGUUUUCUAGUGAACAAUAAAAUUUGUGAUUCAUCAACGAA